UCAUUCGAAGAGAGUAGCUGUGUACGUGAUUAAUAAAUUUGGUGGGUGUCUGUCUAUUUUAUUUAAAAUAUUUCCCAACUUCUUACAGGGGAUAUUUAACACGCUUUCCAUACGGAUUAUGAAUAUUAUCCAUCUAACAACAUUUCUUUCCUCUUCAUUCGAUGUUAACAAUUACUCUUGUUACAGGAGACACAUAUUACAAGUACAUGUUUUAUCAACGCUGAAGGCCGGAAACAAAAUCGACGUCGAUGUUAUUUAAGCUGUGAAACAACUUAUUUUGUAACUUUCUUUUAAAAAUAGAAUAAUGAUAAUUGUUCGGUAUUAUCAUGAAGCUUGAAUUACGUAGCAACUAUGAUUUCCCUUUUUUGUCCAAUUAUUAUCAGCUUAAACUGGCGUUAACUUUAUUGUAUGGUAAUGUGACGUAAAGACACCUUCCCUGUAUAUCCGGCUUAUUGUUGAAGCGACAUAAUAAAUUUGGAAGGAAACGCAAACACAUCAGAGUGAUUCAGAGAAAAUGUCAAAGAAAGACGACCGGCGUUCGGAAAUUUUACCCAUGUUUUGUUGACAAAUUAAUGACAUUUUAACCAGGAUUGAAUAACGGAUUACCAAAAUUCUCAACAAUGAAUAAUAGUUCAACAGAUUAUAGUUCAACAGAAACUGCGUCCAAAAUCCUAUGGGGGUUUUUCUCUCCGAUCCUGUUAUUUGUUGGAGUUACAGGAAACUGUCUUGUUAUUACUAUUUUAGUGUUCAAGCGCAAAGAGGUGGUAAAUUCUUCAAUAAUUUUCAGAAGUGUAUUAGCUGUAACUGACAUGAUUAUACUGUGUACUGUUCUAACUAAAUACUGGGCUCAAUAUGUAAUAGAUGUUGAUAUGCGUAGCGUUUCUAGUUUCGGGUGCCAGUUCAAUUUAUUUAUUACUUAUGUUAGUAUGCAAUAUUCAGCUUGGAUUAUUGUCGUUAUGACUAUCCAACGUUGUCUUCUUAUUCACAGACCUUUCACUUUUAAACGACUAUGGACUACGAAUGUAUCAGUUAUAGUACUUGUCUGUGUCUUUAUUUUCCUAGCUUUGGUAGAUUGUCAUUACUUCUUCACGAAUGAAGUACAGAAAAAUAAUUGUGUUUCAAAAAAUGAAGAAAUAGAACACUUCGAAGAUUUUGUUUUUGUAUUUAUUGAUUUGGCAUUUUUGUGCCUGAUUCCUUUCGUCUUCAUGCUUGUAGGUAACAUAUAUUUCAUGUUAGUUAUGAAAAGGCAAAGUAAUUUUCGUAGAUCACUCACCGAGGGCCAAAGAAAUGCCAAUACAGGCAUCAAUCAACGAACUGCCCGAAUGACACGCCUUGUCAUGAAACUCACAUGGUUGUUCCUAGCAACGACCUUACCAAUCUGUAUUGAAAUGAUUGUCGAUUCUGUUUACAAAACAGAUAACGAUUCCUUGGCAGCUUUAGACCUUGCAAAAACCAUCUGCUAUUUGAUCCAACUGACUGGAAUUUCACUAAAUGUUUGCAUUUACAUCAACUGUGAUAAUAACUUUCGGCAGCAGUUAGGAGUCAUGUUCAACUGCUACAGAAGAAAAGAUUGGUCAAGGGGCAGCGGAUCGAAUUGCGUCAGCAGCAUUUGCAGUUUUGAUUCAGAAAGAGAAACGGCCUUCACAUCAACAAGGAGAGAUACUGAAAAAAGUCUUCGUAAACCUAGUCAAGCAAAUAAUGCAGCUGUACAGAUAAAUGCUUGCACUCAUGAUUCAGAAAGAGAAACGACCUUCACGUCAACAAGGAGAGACACGGAAAAAAGUCUUCGUAAGCCUAGUCAAGCAAACAAUACAGUUACACACAUAAAUGAUUCUGAAGAUGCUACACAAAUGUAAAAAUAAUGCUUCUUUCAAACUACGACUGUUUUAUAUUUUACUUCAGAUCUAUCAAUUGAAAAUGUAUAUAUAUAUAUAAUUGCUUGAUUUUUUUCAAACUUAAUCCAUAAAAAUUUGUUCCACCUAUUUUUCCCACAAAAAAAAAUAAAACAUCAUGAUAUCUUACACUAUUUCUAAUGAAAAAUAUCUUUCAUUAUUACAUUUCUGAACAUUUUAUACAAUUAUGAAUAUCACUGAAAAAUAUUGCAUCUGGACCUUGAAAAAUUGCUUGCUGUCAGUAAAUUUUUAUGUCCUUGAAUAAGAUCGCUGUUAGGCAGUGAAGACUGGACAUAGAAAAGGACAAUUACUAUAGCAAUACUACCCGGACUUCAUUGUGAAUUACACUAUUAUUAAAUACCUACAUCUGUAAAAACUCGUCUUUUAUUCAACGAUGCCAGAAAAUGGCAAAUGCUAGCAUCAAAACAUCUAUCACCUUGACAAGCGUUAAUAAAAUUUGUCUUUGUUAUUUCAUAA